CUUACUGGAAUGGCUAAAGAGAUCCUGGGAUCAAAAAUUUCGAGUGCCGGUGCGCUGCCUGAAGGCGCGUCCAUGGAUUUUGAUCCAGGCUUCAUUGAGGGGAUUUUGAGGUCUGUCCUCGUCGAGGGGACUGCUUACGCCCAGCCAUUGGCCCCAUUCUGUGUAUCUUUCAUUGAAAAUGCCCUCAUGAGCAUUAAUUCAAGGAAAAAAGGGCCCGAAGAGGCCGGCGCAGCCGCCUUUCUUCUUCUGACAUCCCUGGAUGCGCUAGUCUGUACUACUGCGAAGCUCAAAGCUACCGUCAGUGCUGCCCACCCCAGCGCCCGAGCAUCUGACAUUAGUGCGCUGGUCAAGCAAGACGCAUUGAGCGGAAGACUUGAUACUAUUCCGGAUGAUAUAGCGACACUCCUCAUACUAGAAGAGGUGUUCGAUUUACCUCCACACUACAACAAAGCAAGCAUGGGGAUACCUGAGAGCUACGCUUGUGCUCUUGGUAUAUGCAAUUUGCGCCCUUGUGUGCUCAUUGCUCUCAGAUCCAGAACAUAUCACCGGUUGUGGCGCAAACUACAAGCUAUGCUCAAGGCGAGGGCCCACAUUGAUGCUUUUUCUUGUCAUUCUUAUGAUGCAGUUGUGAAGUAUACUAGGGCACAACAGGGACAGGGAGCAGCCGAGGACAAAGCAGCGCAAAUUUCCGUUGAGAGAAAGCCUUCAACGGUAUUAAAUACCUGCAUCUUCAGCGCUAGCGUCAGAACAGCGGCCCUAGUCAUUUCUUCUGUGUCAAGCACCACGGGCAAGUCGCCUUCCACAAGUGCUUUUGUAUGUGGGUUAUGGUGGUGGUGUGAUCCAGGAAGGACCUGCGGGAGUGUCUUCGCCUGGUGGUCAGGCAGUGCCUGCAUUGUGCAAGGGCAGCCGAUUUUAGGUAGUGCCUGUAUGCACGGUAUACAAGAAACAAUUUUUAUCUCUGUGCAUCCCGUGCGCAACACAGAGGGCCAGACUGGUCAGGCAUCAGGCAUAGCGCAAGGUAGCCCCUCUACACAGCAAGGAUCUACAGGCACUCAUUAUGACCUCGAAACUCCAGGAACUAGCCAGACGGGCGCUGGAACGUUGCCCCAUGCGUCAGUGGAUGUAACGCCCAAAAGCGUUUUUGCACUGAGGUUUGGAAAGGGGGGGAUGGAAUAUGUGGAUUCAGGGAAAGUCAACCUGGCACAAGUCACAGUUCCAGGCCUUUCAGGCACAACCGUGCCUCUAACCAGCCUUCCUGUCUUCCAGGAUAAGGAUCAGCAGCCUAAAUACGGCGUACAUUUCCACGACAUUCAAACGGAUUACAUCCUUGGCAACAGGGGGACAAAGAAUGACAUAUGUAUAACGGACGCGAUGGUGUUACCUACCGGUGGCGAUUCAUAUACCCCCGGAGAAGGUCCCCCCCAAUCUCUAGCUGCUCUUGCAGCCUCCGCAGUAGAGCGGUGGUCUCUACGGAAGAUGCAUGAGGCUACCCAUGGAACCGUCACCCUAUUCCGCGAUAAUAACACCAUCGAACAGCAUGUUCAAAGACUGCUAACGAAGCAUCAUGCGAACAUCGCAGAUGCCACCACUCCUGCGCCCUCAUUUAACACUUUAACGAGCAGCGGUUGCAAAUCAUAUUCUGAUGAAGCUCGUCGUCUAUUUUACGAGUACUAUGCCUCCGCACAGCUAUUCUGGUCGGUAAAGGGCAACGAGCGGGCACACGGAAAACUCCGGUUUCGCGCUCAGCUCCUUCAAGCAAAAGCUGUAAAAUAUGGAUUCCUGGACGUCUGCGGAAAAGACUGCUAUAACAAGCCAAAGUCUAAACGGGGAGAUGUGAUGGCUAGUUCCAUCUACUCAAUGGACUACACCUUGACAAAGCUUAAUAGCAUGGCCUUCCGUGGUCUCACACUCGGCGCCGCUUUCUUUGGUGGCCUCCAAUGCACUACCCUUUCACAAAACGAAAAGUACCGAGUGGCUCACUUAUCAGUUUUGAAUUCCUGGAUGGACAAAGGCAAAAAAGUCAAGGAGCUAUCGGCGGGCAUAACUUCAGAAAUCGAAACCUAUGCACUAGGACUGGAACGAUACGUAAACAUCCUCCUUGAGCACUCCGAAACGCAAGGGCUAUUCAGUCUUGCAGCACAUUCGUGGGUGCAAAUGCGUGGCAUUUAUAACGCGGCAGAGGGCUACCUGCCUGGCAAGGGGGAUACGAUAUCUAAAAGGAACAAACAACUAGCUGCCAUUUUCGCCAAGCUUUGGUACGAGAUGGACCUUGGUAUCCGACAACCAGCGCAUUCUGUUCUCAAGCCCUUUCCUGCAAUGCUAGCUUCUGUGACGCUCCAAGUUGCCAAAGGCUUGACGCAUGUGGCCGCAGGAAUCAUCACGAACAGCUGCAAAGACCUGAAAAAAAUCGAUAUGGGUAGAGUUAAGGCUACAGUGGAAGCGUCAGGGAAGCGUCAAAACGCCGGAAAUACGAUAUUGAAGCAUAGAAACGUUUCACUCAGACGCUCUGAGCUAGAACACCAUUUAAACAUCCUGCUGUCUACGUAUGUCGAUCCGCUCGACCUCAUUCGAACAGCACAAGACCUCGCAACUCGCUGCAGUGCACAGAGCUCGGCCCUUGCCUCGGACGAACCUCCACCACAAGAAGAGACAAAGGAAAAACGGAAGCUUCCCCAAUUCAAAAAGCCACCUAAAGGAAAUCCAGACGAUGAGAGAGUUGUACAGAUGCUCACCUCAAAGUUCGUACUUGAUUCUUGGUGUUUGAAGUACAGAGAUUACGUCAUGAGGGAAUUAGCUUCAGUUCCUAAGACAACUGACAGCAACAAGCUCGUGCUAUUCUUGGACGGGGUGCUGGACAAAACAUCCGAGAUCGUGCUAGUGCCAGGAUCAGUGAAGACAUCUUGGGUGAUUAAUCUCAAGUGCCCAUUUAUGCGGGACUUUGUUGACCCACAACUGAGGCAGAGUGCGAGGCACGAGAUGUUGCAGUAUGCAUUAUCGCGCAUGAGCGCCUUCCAGCGUGUAGCUGGCAAGCUGCGGGCCAUUAAAAAUUGGUUUUCAAAGAAAUUUACAUGGAGGAGGAAGAAUCGACCAGGAUUAGUCGCCAACAAUGAAUGGGCAGUGAUACACGCGGGUACGGGAUUAUGGGAUCCUGUUAGACAGCGUUUCGAACAUACAUUGACCUUCCGUCCCGAAGAAAUGAGCUGCGGAAAUACACCGGGACACAAGAACCCCAUAGACUUUCAACAUGGGCAGUUCAUUUUCGGAAGUUCAAGUCCAGCAGCAGAGGCUAACGCGAUUUUGUGUUACAACGAAAAUAGGCAAUGCUGGGCCACCCCACGAGCCCUUAUGUUCAAAGGAUCCACCGAACCUCCUGUCCAGCGUUUCGAAGCACCAAGUGGUCCGUGGUACAGUCGUCUGCCUGACGCCGUUCAGCAACAAUCCGGUGCGUCCGCUACCUCAGCCGAACAUAAGAGCUUGACAGUCUUUAUGGUAACCUAG